UUGUGUACACAUCACUAACACCAGAUUUGGCUACACGGUUUCUUUGGCAAAUAUAUUCAACGUUAAUAUUUAUUUACCAAAUAUAUAAUCAGUGUAUUCAAACUGAACGCGCCGUUUUAACGCGUAUUGCAAUUAAGGGCAAUAAGGCGUGGCAAUAUUCGAAUUCAAAGGAACGCAACCGAAAGGGAAAAAGACCGGCAGCAGCUUCCCCACACACACAUAGAAACGCAUAUACGCAUACAUAUGUAGGUUAAUCUAUGAAAGUGUCGCUAAAAACAAGAAUCAUCUCCCAUUGUGCAGAGACAGCGAGCGAGAGAGAGAGAGAGACAGAGAGUGAGAGGAGGAGGUGGAGCAGCAACAGCAGCAGUAGUAGUAAUAGGUGUCAUCAUCAACACAUUUAGGCCAUGAAGAACGUUCUGAUGGUGGCCGAGAAGCCUUCGCUGGCUGCCUCCCUCGCCGGCAUUCUCUCCAACGGACGCUGCACAACAAAGCGAGGGACCAACGGUUGCUCCACUCACGAAUGGACCGGACACUUUCGCAACGAGGGCAAUGUACAUUUUCGCAUGACCUCGGUUUGCGGCCAUGUGAUGUCGCUCGAUUUCAUUAGCAAAUAUACCUCAUGGGAUAAAGUGGAUCCGGUGGAAUUGUUCCGCUGUCCAACGGAGAAAAAGGAAUGCAAUCCCAAGCAGCAGAUGCGUUCGUUUCUGUCACAUGAGGCGCGUGGCUGCGAUUACCUUGUCUUGUGGCUCGAUUGUGACAAAGAGGGCGAAAACAUAUGCUUCGAGGUGAUGGACGCAGUGCAGCAUGUCAUACACAACGUGUACAGUCGAAAUGUGACAUAUCGAGCACAUUUCUCAGCUAUUACGGACAAGGAUAUCAAGGGUGCAAUGGAGUCGCUGGGGCAUCCUAAUGAGAACGAGGCCAAAUCUGUCGAUGCACGACAGGAAUUGGAUUUGCGUAUUGGCUGCGCCUUUACACGGUUCCAAACGAAGUUCUUUCAAGGUCGCUACGGCGAUCUGGACUCAUCGCUCAUCUCCUAUGGCCCAUGUCAGACGCCAACAUUGGGCUUCUGUGUGAAGCGACACGACGAUAUACAAUUGUUUAAGCCCGAAACUUUUUGGUAUUUGCAAUUGAUGGCUGGUCAGCCGGAAUAUACGCUCGAGUGGGCGCGUGGACGUGUCUUCAAAAAGGACAUUGCCAUCAUGCUGCUGAACCGUGUCAAGGAGCACAAGGAGGCGACUGUGGAGAGCGUAAGCAGCAAGGAGUCAUUCAAGAGCAAGCCACAGGCCUUGAACACCGUCGAGCUGAUGAGAAUUUGCAGCUCCGGUUUGGGCAUUGGUCCCUUUCAGGCCAUGCAAAUUGCGGAACGUCUAUAUACUCAGGGCUAUAUCAGUUAUCCGCGCACAGAGACCAAUCAGUAUCCGGAGAAUUUUGAUUUGCAUGCCGUGCUACGGGUGCUGCAGCCAUCGGGCGAUUUUGGCGACGAGGCGCGCGCUAUUUCGAGCGAUUUUCAAACGCCACGCAAGGGCAAGGAUGCGGGCGAUCAUCCGCCGAUAACGCCCAUGAAGCUGGGCCAGCGCAACGAUUUCGAUCGGGAUACCUGGCGGGUUUACGAAUUCAUUUGCCGUCACUUUAUGGGCACCAUAUCGCGUGAUCUGAAAUACCGCACGACGACGGCCAAGCUGAAAGUUGGCCUCGAGUCGUUCACAUGCACAGCGAAUGUUCUGCUGGAUGCGGGCUUCACGAAAGUUAUGACCUGGCAAGCCUUUGGCAAAGACGAGGCAAUGCCGCCGUUCGUCCAGGGCACACAGGUGGCCAUUAAUGAUGUGCGCCUGGCCGAAAGCCAAACCGGCCCGCCCGACUAUCUGACGGAAGCAGAAUUGAUAACGUUAAUGGAGCAGCAUGGCAUCGGCACCGAUGCCUCCAUACCCGUGCACAUCAACAACAUCUGUCAGCGCAACUAUGUGAAGAUCGAGAGUGGCAGAAAGCUGAUACCGACGACAUUGGGCAUUGUUCUGGUGCAUGGCUAUCAGAAGAUCGAUCCGGAAUUGGUGCUGCCCACGAUGCGAUCCGAAGUGGAACGCAUGCUUACGCUCAUUGCCAAAGGAUCGGCGGACUUCAAUGAUGUCCUGCGACAUGCCAUCAAAAUCUUUAAGCUGAAGUUCAUGUACUUUGUACAAAACAUUGCCAGCAUGGAUAUGCUCUUCGAGUCAUCCUUUUCGCCGCUGGCCGAGUCGGGAAAGGCGCAUUCACGAUGCGGCAAAUGUCGAAGAUACAUGAAGUAUAUACAGACAAAGCCGGCUCGUUUGUACUGCUCGCACUGCGACGAGAACUAUACGCUGCCCAAUGGUAAUGUUAAGGUGUAUCGUGAAUUCAAAUGUCCGCUGGAUGACUUUGGUCUGCUGGCAUUUUCGACAGGUGUGAAGGGUCGUUCGUUUCCCUUCUGCCCGUAUUGCUACAAUCAUCCGCCUUUCAGGGAUAUGCCGAAAUUCGGCGGCUGCAACACCUGUACGCAUCCCACCUGCCCGCAUUCGCUGAACACGCUGGGCAUAUCCGGCUGUGUGGAGUGCGAGACGGGCGUAUUGGUACUCGAUAGCACGCUAUCGCCCACCUGGAAGCUGGGCUGCAAUCGCUGUGAUGUGAUCAUCAAUUGCUUCAAAGGUGCCACCAAAAUAACAGUAGAAGAGAGCAAGUGCAGCGAUUGUGGCGCACAACUGGUCAACGUGGUCUACAAAUCGGAUAAAUCGAAAUUCAAGGAUGGCAGCGAGGAGAAAAGCGGCUGCAUUUUUUGUUCUAGUGAAUUUGCCCACCUGGUUGAAAAACAUCGUGCGGUCGCCUCGCGUCAGGUGCGCAGUGGCGGCGCCUCUCGUGGCGGUGGCGGCGGAGGCGCUGCUAGCGGCCCGGGCGCUGGCAAUGCACGUGGCGGACGCCAUGGUGGCCGCCCGCCAAAGGAUAAAAUGGCACAAUUGGCUGCAUAUUUCGUUUGAUCAAGCACUGCCCAAUACUGGCCUCUAAUUCAAAUUGCAUUUAACUAAUCUAGAAAUCUAGACUUGGCAGUAAAUAAACAAAAUUUGUAUAAAUAUAA